CCUUUGAAAAGUAAGCUGGACUAAAACUGACUGAGAGUGCUGAAAAAAGUGGAACUUUUUUGUACUGUUCUUUUCUAUUCACAAUAUCUGUCUCCAGGAAUAGGUAAUAAAUCAUCUAGAACCAUGGCACUGCUGGACACAGAGUUUGAGGUGAAGGGCAGCAGCAGCAUCAUCACGGAGUGGAGUGGACAGGUCCAGCCAGCGCUGGUCGCCUCCUUAGUUUUCCUCUUCUGUCUGGAAGCCUGUCUGUGGGUCAGGAAUCUCAGACUCAAGAGAAGGCUGCCAGGACCUUUUGCCUGGCCGGUGGUGGGCAAUGCCAUGCAGCUGGGGCAGAUGCCUCAUAUCACCUUCUCCAAGCUGGCAAAGAAGUACGGCAACGUGUAUCAGAUAAGACUGGGCUGCAACAACAUAGUGGUGCUUAAUGGAGACACAGCAAUACGAGAAGCCUUGGUUCAGCACAGCACAGAGUUUGCAGGCAGACCUGACUUUGUGUCUUUUCGGAUGAUUUCAGGAGGCAGGAGCAUGACAUUCACUAACUACAGCAAACAGUGGAAAAUGCACCGGAGAAUUGCACAAUCUACCAUUAGAGCUUUCUCCUCAGCAAACAGCCAGACCAAGAAAGCAUUUGAGCAGCACGUUUUAGGAGAAUCUAUGGAUCUUGUGCAGGUAUUUCUGAGAAUGAGUGCAGAUGGACGAUAUUUUAAUCCCGCUCAUGAAUUUACAGUCGCUGCUGCCAAUGUAAUCUGUGCCCUGUGCUUUGGAAAACGUUAUGGCCAUGAUGAUAUUGAGUUUAGAACUCUCCUAGGCAGAAUGGACAAGUUUGGAGAGACGGUGGGGGCUGGCAGCUUGGUGGAUGUCAUGCCCUGGCUUCAGAAUUUCCCAAAUCCUGUCCGCAGCGUCUACCAGAAUUUCAAACACAUAAAUGAGGAGUUUUUUACCUUUGUGAAAGACAAAGUGGUGCAGCACAGAGAAACCUUCAACCCUGAUGUGACCCGGGACAUAAGUGAUGCUAUCAUUAAUGUGAUUGAGCACGGAAAGGACAGUGGACUGACCAAAGACUUCACAGAAGGAACAGUCACAGACCUUAUUGGAGCCGGCCAAGACACAAUGUCAACCAUUUUACAAUGGAUUCUCCUGCUUUUGAUCAAAUACCCCAUCAUCCAAACCAAACUGCAGGAGCAGAUUGACAAAGUGGUAGGCCAUGACAGGCUGCCCUGUAUUGAGGACAAAGCCAACCUGGCUUACCUAGAUGCCGUUAUCUAUGAGACCAUGCGCUACACCAGCUUUGUACCCCUCACCAUCCCCCAUUCCACCACCUCAGAUGUUACCAUCGAAGGCUUCCACAUCCCCAAAGACACAGUGGUCUUCAUCAACCAGUGGUCUGUCAACCACGACCCUUUACAGUGGAAGGACCCACAUCUCUUUGACCCUUCACGUUUCCUAGAUGAAAGCGGUGCUCUUGACAAGGACCUAACUAACAGCGUCAUGAUCUUCUCCACUGGUAAGAGGCGAUGUAUUGGCGACCAGAUUGCCAAAGUGGAAAUCUUUUUAUUUACAGCCAUCUUGCUUCACCAGUGUACCUUUGAGAGCAACCCCUCAGAGACCCUGACCCUUGGUUGUUCCUAUGGGCUCGCACUGAAGCCCCUGUACUACACCAUCACAACCAAGCUCAGGGGGAAGCUGCUCGGUCUGGUGUCACCUGCAUAAAAAUCUCAUCCCA